AUGAACAACUCCACAGUCGCGUGGCUAGCGGCCGGGCGGUGCCAGCACAACGAUCCCAUGCAGUUCAUCCUGGUACCGGCCAUCUAUUGCUUGGUGUUGUGCGUGGGGUUGCCAGGCAACCUGGCGGCCUUGCUGGUCUUUCUGCAGAGCGGACGGGUGAGGAAGGCCAUCCGCAUCUACCUCAUCAACCUCACGCUGGCCGAUAUUUUCUUCAACCUCACCUUGCCCUUCUGGAUCCCCUACUACCUGGCAGGGGGCAACUGGGAGCUUCCGGAGGCCAUGUGUCGCCUGGCCGGCACCACCUACUACUCGGCCACUUACAGCGCCAUGGCCUUCAUGACCCUCAUCAGCUUGAACCGCUACUGUACGGUUGCUAAGCUGGAGCUCGCCCUGAACAAGCCGCAGGGGGCGCUAGUGGGAUGCGCUGUGGCCUGGCUGUUGUGUCUUGCUUGUGCUGUCCCCUCCUUGACCACCCAGCAGACCCACCAGGCAGGGCCCGAAAACACAAAAUGCUUUGAGCAGCACUCGGGCCGGAGGAGUUACGCCUACGCCAUGGUGGCUCUCUUUGUGGCCUCCUUCCUGGUGGUGUUAGGGGCCUACAUCUCCAUCAUGAGGUCCCUCUCAGCUGCAGCCAGCACCUGCCAAGGAGGACACCGGCAGCGAGCUCGCGCCAUGGUCCUGGGCAUGCUGUUGGUUUUUGUGGUCUGUGUGGCCCCGUAUCACCUCUCCCUGGUUCCCUGGGUAGCCGCCUGGAUGUCCGUUUCCUUCUGCGGGCCUCCGUCAUUCCUGGACAACCUACACAUGCUCAGCGUGGCUCUGCUGAGCCUCAACAGCUGCAUCGACCCGCUGAUCUAUUGCUUCUCCAUCAAGCGCUUCCGGACCGACUUGUGGAGGAUGGUGCGGAAGCUUGCAAGUUGCCUCCCGCUCCCAUCGCCAGCGCGGCCACCGCCGCUACCAGAGAACAGAUUUCCACUCAAUAUCAGAUCGUCGUCUUUAACUUCCUCUUAG